UAGCGUAUUCGUUCGCUGUGCAUUAGACGCAGCUCGAAACGAUCCAUCCCUAAAGCUCACGAUAUCUAAUAAUAUAUUGACCUAAAAAUGUUGCGUGACGAUUGCUACGCGUUAAUGAAACGCUGCGAUUUCGGCGUACUAAAUUAGACAUUUGUUCGAAUUUCUGUCGAAGUAAAACUCAUUAUUUCCUAUUAUUAAUAUUUACGAGGGUACGUUAUGUGCUAGUGUUUAUAAAUGAGCGGGCUAACGGGCGGGUGAAGCUAUAUAUUAGAAGCCAGCAGGUUUCUCGUCAGUGCGGUUCCGACCCUUUAUAUUGUAGUAGUUGCCGGUAUCGUUAAUGUUAUAUGGCCAAAAAUUGGCCGAUAGCUGUCUAAAAUGCUUUAGGAUAUGUCCGAUUUAAUGAUUUUGUGUCUCGGAAUUCUCAAUCUACGAAAUGGAGCUUGAGUUAUUACUUUACUGUUUAGUUUUUUCGUUAAGACACGUGUUUGCAAACAACACAUCGCCUCCUGAGAAUGUUCCUCAAACACUUCGGUAUGAAGCACCAGAUGACUGCCAGUGGUGGAUACGUGAACCAGCUGUAGCGGGUGGACAAGAUGAAGUAGCGUUAACGUGUAAAUUACGGACUAUAAACAGUGAGUUUGACACAACUAACUUUAGCGUCAUUCCUUCAGAACACACUACCUCCCUUCGCGUAGAAUGCAGUGAUGUAAUCAUGUCUCGAAGUAGUUUAGACGAUCGCAGUUUUGUACAUUUGAUAAAAUUACGGGAAUUAGAGUUGGAACAUUGCAAAUUAGGGCGAUGGCCAGCGGGUACGUUAAUGGGAUUACGAGAUCUAAGAAAUCUAACUGUUCGAACUCAUAACACUAAUUGGCCGGCGAUGAGCUUAGAUCUUGCAGCCGAAAGCUUUGUGCCCGUCCGUCAGUUGGAAAGAUUAGAUUUGAGCUGUAAUAAUAUCUGGUCGUUUCCCGAAAACAUUUUUUGCCCGCUCACUAAUCUGGUCACAUUAAACGUUAGCGAAAAUAGGCUUCAAGACGUUAGCGACUUAGGCUUCCGCGAGAAGGCAUCGGGCGCACCAUUACCUUUAAUUAGCAUUCCGGAGGAAGAGCACUUACAUCGUGCCGAAAUGCCCAAGGGCUUUACACAUCCUUGUAGUUUAGAUAUACAAGUAUUAGACACCUCGUUUAAUCACUUCGUCUUGAUACCGGCGAGCGGAUUCAGCGUUUUACGCAGAUUGCGUGAACUUUUCAUUCACAACAACGAAAUAUCGAUGGUCGCCGAUAGGGCCCUAGCCGGUCUUAAAGCACUACAGAUAUUUGAUUUGUCGAACAACAAAGUCGUGGCGCUCCCUCCCGAGCUGUUCAAAGACUCCGCGGGAUCCAUAAAAGAAAUUUAUCUUCAAAACAAUUCUAUCAGCGUUUUAGCUCCAGGACUUUUUUCAAACUUAGAACAACUACUCGCCUUAGAUUUAUCAAAAAAUCAUUUAACCAGCGCUUGGAUAAACAGCGAAACAUUCUCCGGAUUAAUUAGACUCGUAUUGUUGAAUUUAUCCUACAAUCGGAUUUCUAAAUUAGAACCCGCGUUUUUUAGGGAUCUCUACACCCUACAGAUUCUAAACUUGGAGCACAAUUUAUUGCAAAGCAUUCCGGCGGACACGUUCGCGCCUAUGAGCAAUUUACACACUUUAAUUAUUUCUUAUAACAAGAUCACGUAUUUGGAUGCGUACUCCCUGAAUGGCCUUUACGUACUAUCUCUUCUGGGGAUGGAUAAUAACUUACUUGAAGGAAUUCACCCAGAAGCUUUUAGAAAUUGUUCCAGUUUGCAAGAUCUAAAUCUCAACGGUAACGUGCUCUCGGCUGUGCCAUUGGCACUUAAGAACAUGCGUUUACUUCGAACAGUCGACUUAGGAGAGAAUUCUAUUUCGGCUUUGGAGGAGCCCGGUUUUCGCGGCAUGAACAAUUUAUACGGCUUGAGAUUAAUCGGAAAUCAACUACAGAAUAUAAGCAAACGAGCAUUUGCGGAUUUGCCGGCUCUGCAGAUUCUAAAUCUUGCCCGAAAUAAGAUUCAGAGGAUAGAGCACGGCGCCUUUGAAUCUAGUCCCACUUUGCAGGCUAUUCGGUUGGAUGCUAAUCUCUUGACUGAUAUUAACGGACUAUUUGCGGAUAUUCCCAGUUUAUUGUGGUUAAAUAUUUCGGACAAUCAGCUUGAGUGGUUCGACUACGCUCUUAUACCGAGAGGAUUGCAGUGGCUCGAUAUGCAUAAAAAUAACGUAAAAGAAAUUGGAAAUCAUUACGCUUUAGAUUUAGAACUUCAACUACAAACCCUAGAUGCGAGCUUCAAUAAGCUUACAAAAUUAAGUAGCGUUUCAGUUCCGAGCAGCAUAGAACUGCUUUUUCUGAACGAUAACCUUAUAUCAGUUGUCGAACCCCACACAUUUUUAAGGAAGACUAAUCUAACGCGAGCGGAUCUGUACGCUAAUCAGAUAGUAAGCAUGGACUUGAACGCGCUCAGGCUUACACCCGUUGAUCCCGAUCGACCCUUACCCGAAUUCUACAUCGGCGGAAAUCCAUUUCAAUGCGACUGCACUAUGGAGUGGUUGCAGAGAAUUAACAAACUCGACCACCUCAGGCAACAUCCACGCGUUAUGGAUCUCGACAGCAUCUACUGUAAGCUCCUGUAUAAUCGUGACAGUAAUUACCUACCUCUAAUUGAAGCCGAAUCUUCCCAAUUUUUAUGCACGUAUAAAACCCAUUGUUUCGCAUUGUGCCAUUGUUGCGAUUUCGACGCGUGCGAUUGCGAAAUGACAUGUCCCACGAACUGCACUUGUUAUCACGAUCAAUCCUGGUCCGCUAACGUCGUCGAAUGUUCGGGAGUUGGUUAUACGGAGAUGCCGAGUAGAAUACCAAUGGACGCUACCGAAGUUUAUUUGGACGGGAAUAGUUUCGGAGAGCUCUCGAGCCACUCAUUCAUAGGGCGUAAAAACUUGAAAGUGCUCUAUGCGAAUAAUUCCAACAUCGCCGCAGUCUAUAACCAUACUUUCAGCGGAUUACGUCGAUUAACCGUAUUGCACUUGGAGAAUAAUCGCAUUAAGCAACUACUAGGAUUUGAAUUAGCAACGUUGGAGAGUUUACGCGAGUUGUAUAUGCAAGGCAAUCUCAUUCAUUACGUUGAUAAUAGAACUUUUCUGGAGUUGAAGCAGCUGGAGGUUUUGCGAAUUGAUGGCAACCGUUUGACUACAUUUGAAGUUUGGCAGUUUAUAAACAACCCUUACUUAGUUGAAAUUGGACUCGGUGAAAAUUUGUGGUCUUGCGAUUGUCAUUACGUUCAAAAGUAUAGAACGUGGUUACAAGUAAAUUUAGGCAAAGUUUUAGAUUCGGCUAAGAUUGUGUGUAACCUCAAUAAUUCGACAAAAAGUGUCGGGCUUUUAAUGACCGACUUUAAUUCGACGUCUUGCACCGCGUACAGCAUAAGCUCCCACGCAAUUGUCGAAAGUCAAGUCAUGAACGACUAUUUACCGAUGUUGUUGGUAGCAAUGUGUGUUUUUUUAGCAAGCGUAGUUAUUGUUUGUGGAGCUUUUUAUUACCGCAAGGAAUUAAGGGUGUGGAUAUACUCACGCUGCGGUUUAAGAAUGUGUUAUAAAACUACCGCGUUCGAAGAGCAACAAGAUAAAGAUAGACUUUUUGAUGCAUACGUGAGUUAUAGCGCUAAAGAUGACGCGUUCGUAAAUCAAGUUCUUGUACCUGGACUUGAGGGUGCCGACGCUAACUACAGGCUUUGCUUGCACUACAGGGAUUUCAACGUUUCCACAUAUGUAGCCGAUACAAUAAUUGAAGCCGUUGAAUCCUCGCGGCGUACUAUUAUCGUAUUAUCCAAAAACUUUUUGCACAACGAAUGGUGCAGAUUUGAAUUUAAAUCUGCUUUGCACGAAGUGUUAAAGGACAGACGACGUAGGUUAAUUUUUAUAGUGACGGGUGAACUACCUCAACGAGAUUUAGACCCAGAUUUAAGGUUGUAUUUAAAAACUAAUACUGUGAUCGAAUGGGGGGAUCGCCAAUUUUGGCAAAAAUUGCAAUUCGCGAUGCCGGACGUUAAAAGAGCGUGCGUACAUCAACGUUCCUCUGUUAAUAUUUACGCUUCGACGGCACCGAUGCAUUUGGAGCGUUCCCGAAGUCCUGCUCUACCUCCGCCUCCACCUCCAGGCAAACUGCCACCAUUUCUGCAACAUCCCCCAAGUCUCCCUCGGGAUUCAAGGACAUUGCCUCAUCCUCUUUGGACGUAGCGGAAUGUUCGCCGCAGUGGUCCACUUCGGCGAACAUACCGUACGAACUAAAGGUUAAGUGGAUUGCUUGGACGACGCGAGACUGUGGAUGUGAUACUGUGCGAUUCCACUAUUAUAUUCUAAAUUAAACUAAUUUUUUAAUCGUUCCGUUAAUAGUAAUUAAUACCGACGGACUGGUGAUAUCGAAUUUACUUAAUAUCUCUGAAUAGUAUCGAAAUAAGUAUUUAUAUUUGAUCGAUUCCACUAAUUGUACAAUUUAUCAGUGUCUAUUACGUUUUUCCUAAAAUUAUGGCUUAUGAGCUUAAUAGUGUUUAAGUGUAUAUAAUAAAGCUGUUUCAAAGAUUCUUACAAUUUAUGUCAACUACGGGUUUCGUUUUGUAAUAUAAUAAUAUUGUAAUUUACGUAAGCACUUACCAGAGUAAUGGUUGUGUAUUUGUAAUAUUGUAGAAGAACUAACAAUUCUGGCAGUGCUGUAGUAAAUUCCUGCAGUAAACCACAACGAUAUUACUAGGUUUAAGCUGUUUAAACUACAAUUCCUAUAGAUAAUAAAUUAAUUAAUUUUAUUUGAUUUGUACAUUCUGUAAUAUAUUAAUACAUACUAUAUUUUCGUCGAAAAUUCCAAAGCACGUUGUAUAUAUUAUAAGCUUACAAACGUAACUUUUAAAUAAAUUAUUUAAUUUUUAUUCGAGAA